GAUCCUAUGAGAGUACUGAAGUAGUUGUUUCAGAGAUCCCGAAAGAGCUCUGCUUGGCGUUGCAGUGCCCCAAUCAGGUGGAACGUCGGUGGGUGUCAGUGGCCACCAUUGGCUGACAGAGGGAGAGCCUUGCGCAAAAGCGCGGAGAGCUAAUCACUCGGUAGGCAGAAGUCGACCUGAGAAGAUCACUGGAUUCUCUUUGAAUGACCGAACGGUGAAAAUAUAUGGAUGCAUAAACUGAGAGCUUUAAAACUCAGUUAUUUAAGUGCUAGUUAUUUAUAUGUUAUAGGCGUGGAACAGUUUUGCAGAUAUUUAACACGGCUCUCCAAAGUAAACGGAUAAUCAGCCUCAGCCUCCACAGAAUGUUCACUCUGGUCUCAAAACUCCAGAAUCUCUGUAGGAUUCGGUAGGACUGGGAUCAGAUGGCUAUAGCUCUGCUCUCUGAAACGACAUGGUUACCGGGUGAAGUGAGCCAACCUUGUGGAAUUGCUGUUUUGGAAACUCGUCUGCUGAGUGCUUUUCUAUGGACAGAGGCGAUGGGACAUUCCUAAUCCGGGAAGCAGCAGCAGCGGCGGCGGCGGGAGCAGCAGCAGCAGCAGCAGCAGAAGACGGAGUAAAACAUCUAAGUGCACUUUCUCUUUGGAGAUGAUUUUGUUAUUUCUCCUCUUCUCUAUCGUUGAUGGAGUGCUUUCUCAACUGCACUACUCUGUCGCAGAGGAGCAGGAACAUGGAACUCGGGUGGGGAAUAUCGCCGAGGAUUUGGGUUUGGACAUAACCAAACUUUCUGCCCGCAGGUUCCAGACGGUACCCAGCUCGAGAACCCCUUACCUGGAAGUGGAUCUGGAAACCGGGGCGCUAUAUGUCAACGAGAAAAUCGACCGGGAGGAACUCUGCAAACAGACUAUCCCGUGUCUUCUCCAUCUCGAGGUGUUUUUGGAAAACCCAUUGGAGCUUUUCCGUGUUGAAAUAGAAGUGUUGGAUAUUAACGACAAUCCUCCGAGUUUCCCUGAAACCGACAUCACAGUGGAGAUCACCGAGAGCGCAAUCCCCGGCACUCGCUUUCCAGUGGAAAACGCGUUCGAUCCUGAUGUGGGCACCAAUGCGCUCAGUACCUACGACAUCACGUCCAACAAUUACUUUUACCUAGACAUGCAAACGCAGGGCGACGGGAACAAAUUUGCAGAGCUGGUUCUAGAGAGACCACUGGAUCGGGAACAGCAGGCGGUCCACAAGUAUGUGCUGACCGCGGUAGACGGCGGGGUGCCUCAAAAGACAGGCACCGCACUGCUUGUGGUACGAGUCCUGGAUUCAAACGAUAACGCGCCCGUCUUCGAUCAGUCAGUGUAUACCGUCAGCCUAAAGGAAAACUCCCCAGUGGGUACGCUGGUCAUUCAGCUUAACGCCACAGACAUGGACGAGGGACAGAAUGGAGAGAUAGUCUACUCUCUUAGCAGCCACAACCCACCACGAAUUCGGGAUUUGUUUAACAUAGAUUCAAGGACAGGCAGGAUAGAAGUGACCGGGGAAGUGGACUAUGAGGAGAGCAAUACGCACCAGAUAUACGUUCAGGCGAAAGACUUGGGACCGAAUGCUGUACCGGCGCAUUGCAAAGUUCUAGUGAAACUGAUCGACGUGAACGAUAAUACACCGGAGAUCAGUUUCAGUACCGUCACUGAGUCAGUGAGCGAGCAGGCUGCCCAGGGCACCGUCAUCGCGUUGCUGAGCGUAACGGAUCGCGACUCCGGUGAAAACGGUCAGAUUACCUGCGAGCUGCUUGGAGAUGUUCCGUUCCAACUCAAAUCGUCAUUCAAAAACUACUACACCAUAGUGACAGAUGCUCCUCUUGACCGAGAGAAUAUUGACUCAUACACCAUUACAGUUGUGGCAAAGGAUAAGGGGGUGCCUUCCUUCGCCACAAGUAAGUCUAUUAAAGUACAUGUAUCAGACGAGAAUGACAAUGCACCCAGGUUCACGCAGCCUAUUUACGACGUGUAUGUGACAGAAAAUAAUGUUCCAGGCGCUUACAUUUAUGCUGUUAGUGCCAUAGACCCUGAUAUGGGACCGAAUGCGCAUGUUAAUUACUCCAUAUUGGAGUGCGACAUACAGGGCAUGUCAGUGAAAACUUUUGUAUCAAUUAACGACGAAAAUGGGUAUGUGUACGCAGUGAGAUCAUUUGAUUACGAGCAAAUUAAAGACUUCAGCUUCAUGGUACAGGCAAGAGACUAUGGAAACCCCAUGCUAAUGUCCAAUACCACAGUGAAUGUUAUUAUUGUUGACCAGAAUGACAACGCGCCCGCGGUCAUUGCACCAUUGGGAAAGAAUGGCACUGCCAAAGAACAUCUUCCCCGCUCUGCGGAGCCAGGUUACUUGGUGACGCGUAUAGUCGCCAUGGAUGCUGACGACGGUGAGAACGCACGUCUGUCCUACAGUAUUUUGAGGGGGAACGAGCAAGGCAUGUUUCGCAUGGACUGGAGGACUGGUGAGCUGAGGACUGCUCGUAGGGUCUCCAGCAAAAAGGACUCACCGCACCCCAUUGAUUUGUUGAUUGAGAUACGCGACCACGGACAGCCCCCCCUCUCCUCUACAGCCAGUCUGAGCGUGGUGCUGGUGGACAGCGUGGUUGAGGGCCACAGCGGAGACCGGAGCUCCUCCAAAUCAAAGGAGGGCUCUCUGGAUCUUACCCUUAUUCUAAUCAUCGCACUGGGCUCCAUCUCCUUCAUAUUUCUCCUGGCUAUGAUCGUGCUGGCGGUGCGCUGCCAAAAGGACAAGAAACUCAAUAUCUACACGUGCCUGGCGGCGGGUGACUGCUGCAGCGUGUGCUGUGGGUUCGGUGGCCCGUCAUGCUGCUGUGGCCGCCAGGCGCGGGGACGGAAAAAGAAGCUGAGCAAGUCUGACAUUAUGCUUGUACAGAGUACUAACGUGACCGCCAACAGUGCCGCGCAAGUGCCCGUGGAGGAGUCCGGCAGUUUUGGCUCUCAUCACCAGAACCAGAACUACUGCUACCAGGUUUGUCUGACACCCGAGUCUGCCAAGACCGAUCUGAUGUUCUUAAAGCCGUGCAGCCCUUCAAGGAGUACUGACACAGAACACAAUCCAUGUGGGGCUAUUGUCACUGGAUAUACGGACCAGCAACCGGACAUAAUUUCAAAUGGCAGUAUCCUGUCCAGUGAGACGAAGCAUCAGCGAGCAGAACUCAGCUACCUGGUUGACAGACCCCGUCGUGUUAACAGUUCGGCGUUUCAGGAAGCGGACAUUGUAAGUUCGAAAGACAGUGGACACGGGGACAGUGAACAAGGCGACAGUGAUCACGACGCAACCAACCGGGGGCAUUCGGCGGGAGCAGACCUCUUCUCCAACUGCACAGAGGAGUGUAAGGCCCUGGGGCACUCCGACCGAUGCUGGAUGCCCUCGUUUGUGCCCUCGGACAGUCGCCAGGCCUCAGACUACCGUAGCAACUUGCACGUGCCUGGCAUGGACGCAGUGCCCGAUACUGAGGUAGUAGUUGAAAGCCAAGAGCAAACAGGGGAUAGAUCAUUCUCCACCUUUGGCAAAGAGAAGUCACAUCACGGCACACUAGAGAGGAGAGAAUUAGACAUUAUCUUGCCUCGAACGCCUUACAGAGCCAACCAUUUGUCCCGGAAAAGGAUUUGCUAGCUCUUUUCGUGUGGACAUACCGGAGACAGCGUGAAUUUGCACAAAAUGCGCCUGGCCAACAUAGAGCAUCCACUUUUCCACA